AGCUCAACCCUUUUCGAUGUUGGGCCCGUUAGCGAGGCUUCAUUUCCUAAUCGAAGUAUCAAAACACAAAACCAAAUCGGUCGUUUCCUUCGUUCUUGAUCUUUCCGAGCUCCGCUGUGAAACCCUAGCAAUGGAUAGGGUUUCUGAGAGGGAUCGAUCCACCCGGAAAUCACGGGACGACCACGACCGAGAUCGAGAUCACCAGCCCCGGCACCAUCAACACACCGAGAAACAUGCCGACGAGCGCCGCCACCGUAGUGACGGUGAUCGCCGCCAUCGCUCCAGGGGAGACUCGCCGGAGGAUUCUGAGAAGCGGCGUGAACGAUCUGUUGAUAGGGGUAGGGAUUCGGUCGAGCGUGCUAGGGUUUCCUCCCGUGAUGAUUCCGUGCAUCACCGCAACGACGGGGAUCGCCGACAUCGCUCGAGGAGGGACUCGCCGGAUGGUGUUGAGAAGCGGCGUGAACAAUCGAUUGAUAGGGUUUCCCGAGAGGAUUCCAAGAAGUUUCGGGAGCGGUCCUCGGAGAGAGGAAGUUUGCCCCGUGAGGAAUUCGUAGAGAGGCGCCAGUCCUCUUCGAGGAAGCGGAAAGAUCAGAAUGAUGAGCCUCUUGAGGAGUCGGAGAAGAGCGGGAAGCGGGUUAGGGUUUCUGAAGGCACGAGGGAGGAGAGGAGAGAGAGGCGGCGAUUUGAAGAUCAGGUUUUGGAGGAUGCGGGGGAGCUUAAUGGCGUCCAUAAGGAGAAGAGGAAAGAGAAGACAGACGAUGUGGUAGAUGUGAAAGAGGAUAGCAAGCGGAGUAGGGUUAAGGAAGAGGACUUGAUUGAUACUGGAGAAAAGAAGGCUAGAAGAAGGGAGAGAAAAUUCAGUGACAGUGUGAAUGUGGAGGGUAAUAAAGAUGGGAAAAAAGAUUUGAAAGAGGAGCAGAUAUCUAAACAUGCGGUUGAAGAGGUGGAAUUGGGAAGCAGCGAGGAUGCGAAACCUGGAGUUUCUGGGGAAAAUGGUGCCAGGAAUAUCGAUGAUGACAAGAGCGGCUCCAUGGUUAAUGUUGAUUCUCUGGGACCACUCAAUGUAGGACCAAAGGUUUCUGUGAUCUCAUCUGCUUCUCAUCACCCCCUGCCUACUAAGGUAUCUUCAAUUACUACCACCAAUGAAAAUGAGGGAGUUAGUGUUACCAGAUCUGAUGAGGUUCCUGGAAAAUCUAGUACAGAUGGAACUACAGCUUCAGUCGCUGGCAGAAGUGGCACUCUGUCUCUUGAUGCUUUAGCAAAAGCUAAGAAAGCAUUGCAAAUGCAGAAGGAACUGUCAGAAAAGUUGAAAAAGAUUCCAGCGCUAAGCAAAAUUUCUAGUGCAAACUCGGCGAAUAAUUCCCAGGGAUCAUCUUGCAAGGAUCAUUUUAAAAUUCCUUCGGCUAUUGGAACACAGGUAUCUACAGCUCCGGCCAGUGCGCUUCCAAACACACAAAACUUAACUGCUGUAGCUAAACCAUCUGUGAAUGCUCCUGGUGUAAUUCCUGGACUCAAUGCUGUGCAUAAUCUAGAAGCUGUGAAACGAGCUCAAGAGCUUGCUGCUAGAAUGGGGUUUCAUCAGGAUCCGGAAUUUGCACCUCUCAUAAAUAUGUUCCCAGGUCCUUCAGCAAUAGAUGUUAUCACACCCCAGAGGCCAUCAAAGACUCCAGUUCUUCGGUUAGAUGCGCAGGGUAGAGAAAUAGAUGAACAUGGAAAUGUUGUUAACAUGCCUAAGCUGACUAACCUUAGUACUCUCAAGGUCAAUAUUAACAAACAGAAGAAAGAAGCAUUCCAAAUACUUAGGCCAGAGUUUGAUGCUAGUACAAUGUCAAACCCUCAUUUUGAUUCAAAGAUGGGUAUGAAUAUGACCAAGCUAAUCAGGCCCAAAAGGGCGACAUUUCAAUUUGUUGAGGAAGGCAAAUGGUCAAAACAGGCAGAGAUGAUUAAGUUCAAGAGUCAGUUUGGGGAGGCACAAGCUAAGGAGCUGAAGAUAAAGCAAUCACAACUUGCCAAGGCAAAGGCUGAGCCUGACAUAAAUCCAAAUCUGAUACAAGUAUCAGAUAGAACUGUUAAAGAGCGGAAAGAACAGGAGGUGAUACCUGAAAUUGAAUGGUGGGAUGGACCACUUUUACCUUCGAAGACAUAUGAUGAUUUGUCCAAUGAUAAAUUAAAUAUGGAAAAGAUCACAAUAUAUGUUGAGCAUCCUCGUCCAAUUGAACCUCCAGCAGAGCUGCCCCCACCUCCCCCACAGCCUUUGAAGCUUACCUACAAGGAGUUGAGGAAACUAAGAACUCAGAGACGGCUUGCUAAAGAAAGAGAUAAGCAAGAGAUGAUAAGACAAGGCCUGCUGGAGCCUCCCAAGCCCAAGAUCAAGAUGAGCAAUCUCAUGAAAGUUCUUGGUUCUGAAGCAACUCAAGAUCCAACAAAACUUGAGAUGGAAAUACGCACUGCUGCGGCUGAGCGGGAACAAGCUCAUGUUGAUAGGAACACCGCACGCAAACUCCUCCCUGGAGAGCGUCGCGAGAAGAAAGAGAGGAAGCUCUUUGAGGAUCCAAACACACUGGAGACCCUUGUGUCUAUCUACAAGAUCAAUGACCUCUCGCACUCGCAAACACGUUUCAAGGUUGAAGUGAAUGCCAAUCAGAACAAACUCACUGGUUGUGCUGUAAUUACAGAUGGUAUGAGCAUUUUGGUGGUUGAAGGGGGUAAAAAGCCAAUCAAAAGGUAUGGGAAGUUGAUGCUGAAGCGCAUCAACUGGGCUGCUGCAGUUGGUGAUGAAGAGGGAACCGACGACCAUGACCGCCCUAUCAACGGUUGUGUUCUGGUUUGGCAGGGAAGUGUAGCGAAACCUAGCUUCCGUAAAUUCUCUUUGCACCAAUGCAGAUCUGAAGCGGCUGGCAGGAAAAUUUUCGCAGAUGCUGGUGUUCCUCACUAUUGGGAUCUGACAGUAAAUUUUUCAGAUGACUUGUUGUGAGCAUGGAGUUUAUGAAGAUAAAAUUUAGCCGGCUUUUCAUGUUUUGAAGAUGUUGAUCUUUGCUUGCGUGUGACCAGCAGCUCAUGGCCAUAAAUUUGAGACUGCAAUGAGAUGUGCUCAUUAAUUUCCUUAGUGGACUGGAGACUGAAGACUGGUUUUAUAUGCAUGCUUUUUAUUGUCUGUGAAUCUUAAAAUCUCGUACAAUUCAUGGUCUUUCAUUUCUCAUCUACUAGUUCACUAUUUCACUGUGUCAUACUCCACAUGAAGCCUUAUGUUUGAACUUUGAUACUUUAUUAUAUGGAAGUUUAUCUGAAUCAAGAGUUCUGUGAUCU